UGGAAUAGAUGAAGGAUAACGCUGAUGGUUUAUCGUGGCAGAAGCUACAAGAUAUUAUCCAUAUGAAUGCGUAAGCAUAUUCCACCGGCUUUGGAAGUGUUGGUGUUUGAUUAGAGACUUAAAAAUGCACCCCGAGUUUAGUAAACAGUACACAACUCACGUCACACGGCACAGCGAAGAAGAAAGCUACGACGCUGGUGCGACAAGGCACGCGACAGUACGAUACGGUAAAGAUGGGGAGAGAAAGUGCUGAAGACGAGACCUGACUCUGACCAACGGUACUUGCAGGCAUUGGUGCCUGCCUGGACGCGUGAGGACUUUUAGUUCAAGUUCAAAUUCGUCGCGCAGAUGGCGUUUCGUUCGGUGCUGUUCCUGAUCGUACUGUGUUUCGUGUGGGAAGGUGCGCUUCCUGGUGUGAUGGCCAGUGAACCGAACAGUACCGUCCCGAUUGGCGACUUUACCAGUGAGAAUCUUACAGCACCGGGAAGAUUUGCGUGGAACGAUAGUCUGAUGAUAGAUCCGAACGGAUUCAUUGGCAAAGCGCCGUUGCUGAACAGUGGCGUGUGGACGUGGAUCACGACCGUCUUCGGUAUGCCAAUCUUCAGUGUGUUUGCGUACCGGGCAGCGCCCCGAAACUGUCCACCAUGCUCUUGUGGUACGAACACAAACAACUCCAAGAUUGUCGGAGGUCAUGAAGCGGAGAUUGGACGGUAUCCCUGGAUGGCGGCAUUGUACUACAACAACCGGUUCAUCUGCGGUGGAUCGCUGAUCAACGAUCGGUAUGUCCUGACAGCGGCCCACUGCGUGUUUGGUAGCGAUCGGUCACGUUUUCGGGUGAAGUUACUGAUGCACGAUCGCGCUGUACCGAAGGAAGAUUCCUUCGAGCGUAAGGUGUCCUACAUAAUGACCAACUGGUUCGUGAACGUGCUGGUCUUCAUUACCAACGAUGUGGCGCUGCUGAAGCUGAGUGAACCGGUUCCGCUGGGUGACACGAUUGUACCGGUGUGUCUGCCACCGGAAGGCAACACGUACGCAGGACAGGAGGGUAUCGUGACCGGUUGGGGUAAGCUGGGCGAUGGGACGUUCCCGAUGCGACUGCAGGAAGUGCACGUCCCGAUUCUGGGCAACGAGGACUGUCACAAUCAGACGCGCUACUUCCGGUUCCAGAUCAACGAUCGCAUGAUGUGUGCUGGGAUUCCCGAGGGUGGCAAGGACUCGUGUCAAGGCGACAGUGGAGGUCCCAUGCACGUGUUCGAUGCAGAAGCGAACCGGUUCGUGAUUGCCGGCGUCGUUUCGUGGGGUUUCGGCUGUGCACAGCCUCGCUUUCCUGGGAUAUACGCCCGAGUGAACCGAUUCAUUUCCUGGAUCAACUUCAAUACGCGCGAUGCGUGUACGUGUCAGUGAGGUGAAGGAUUGUUUUGGGGAAUGCCAAAUAAACAACGUACCUGAAACGGAAACGUACCGAACAGUGGGAGCAACGUCCGACCGGAAGGAAACCUCGGGAAAGAAAUUGUUUGUCGAUGCAAAUGGCUGCUAAUUGCUUCCCGUCCCUAGAUGCAUGAACCAGGUUGACUUGCGCCGGGCGGCGUUAGCCUCGUGUGUGAGUUUAUUUAAAUAAAUAAAGCUUUUACUUGCACUUGAUCGCGAUCGCAACGAUGAUUUAUCCCGGUGGAUAAGGUGAAAGCUCUGGCCGGAGGACUGUUUCUCACCUUCACAUCGUGGAAUUCUGUCGUGGUU